AUGGAAGAUAAAGAGGAAUUUGAUGAGGCUGAGAUUGAGUACACUAGUUACGCCGGCGAGCAUCACUUACCAUUGAUUAUGUCUCUUGUCGAUCAAGAACUUAGUGAACCGUACUCCAUCUUCACUUACCGGUAUUUCGUCUACCUCUGGCCACAGCUCUGCUUCCUGGCGUUUCAUAAAGGUAGAUGCGUAGGGACUGUAGUCUGUAAGAUGGGGGAGCAUCGACAGACUUACAGAGGGUACAUCGCUAUGUUAGUCGUGAUCAAACCAUUUCGUGGCCGAGGCCUAGCCACGGAGCUUGUAACAAGAUCGAUAAAAGUGAUGAUGGAAUCAGGCUGUGAAGAGGUAACUCUGGAGGCGGAAGUGAGUAACAAAGGAGCAUUAGCUCUAUAUGGGCGACUCGGGUUCAUAAGAGCGAAACGGUUAUACCACUAUUACUUGAAUGGGAUGGAUGCUUUUCGGCUAAAGCUCUUGUUCCCUAAGCCUCGUGUACCUCAAAUAGCUUCUCAAGAUCAAACCCAGCAAGCGCAAGAGCAAGAGAAUUUCACUGGAUAA